AUGAAGUUUUUAUUAUCAUUAGUAUUUGUAUUAUACUUUUUAGCUUUUUCAAGAGCUAUUCCAUCUAUUAGUAUCACACCAUACCCAGUUCAAAACUCAAAUGAUGAGAUCACAAUUACUUGGAGCGGUAUUGAUAAUCCAACUAAAUACGAUAUAGUUGCAAUUUACUCACCAUCAAAUGCAAGUGCCACACAUCCAAAUGGUUAUAUCCAAGUAUCACAAUCACCAAGUUGGAAAACAGGUUCAGGUUCACUCUCAAUUCCAUUAUUAAAUGUUAGAGAAGAUUAUCUUUUUAGAUUAUGGUCACCAGUUGUUAAUUCAACCUCACCAGUUUUAAAAAUAUUUACAAAUAUUUCAUUAACAGUUAUUGCUACAUCACCACCAGUUAUAUUUAACAAUCCAAACGAACCAGGCAAAUCUUAUCUCUCCCUUACCAAUAAUACAGACGAAAUGAGAUUAAUGUGGGUUAGUGGUACCAAUGAUUUACCAAGUGUUUACUAUUCUACCGAUCCAAAAUUCUCUGAAUAUUCACUCACCGCCACAGGUACAUCAAUUACCUAUGCAAUUACCGAUAUGUGUGCUUCACCAGCAAACAGCACCAACUAUUUCAGAAACCCAGGCUAUGUCCACGAUGUUGUUUUAACUCAACUCGAACCAAAUACAGUUUACUAUUAUUACUUUGGUAGUAUUAAUGAUGGUUGGAGCUCUGUUCGUUCAUUUGUCACUCCUUCAUACACUGCAUCACCAUCACAAUCAGAAGCAUUUGUUGUCGCUUUUGGAGAUCUUGGUACCAAUUUCCCAUUCACUGCUAUGGUCGAAACUCAAUUUCCAGCAAGUCAAACUAUCGCUUCCAUUUUAAAUACUAUUAAUGUUCCAUACUCUGAAUCAAGUUUCUUUAAGAGUUUUGGUGGAACACCAAAACAAAGAGGUGAUCUCUCACCAUCACUACCACCAUUCUGGAAUAUUCAUCAUAUUGGUGAUAUCUCAUAUGCCAGAGGUAAAGCAUUUGUUUGGGACUAUUUCCUCGAUGCUAUGGAACCAAUUACAUCUAAAACUCCAUACAUGGUCUCAAUUGGUAAUCACGAAUACGAUUUCACAGGCCAACCAUUCGAUCCAUCAUGGGCCAACUACGGUACCGAUAGUGGUGGUGAAUGCGGUGUUCCAUUUAGCAAACGUUUCCACAUGACCGGUGCUGAAGACUAUUCACGUAAUCUUUGGUUCUCAUAUGACAAUGGUCCAAUUCACUUUACAGUCAUGUCUGCAGAACAUGAUUUCUUACCAGGAUCACCACAAUACGAAUGGCUCUACAAUGAUCUUGCUAAAGUCGAUAGAUCUGUUACACCAUGGUUAGUUUUCUCUGGUCAUAGACCAAUGUAUACCUCAGCCCUCGCAGAAGAUGGUAUUGGUAUGAUUAAUGGUCUUCGUGAUGCCAUCGAACCACUUUUCGAAAAAUUCGAUGUUAACCUUGCUCUUUGGGGUCAUGUUCAUAUUUAUGAACGUACUUGUGGUAUCUAUAACUUUACAUGUGCCGAAAACGAUAAUGAAGGCACUGUUCAUGUUGUUAUUGGUAUGGCUGGUAACACUUACCAAGUUCCAUGGGAUGGUUCAGACAUCAGCUCACAAGGCAAUGGACACGAAAACCAACCAGAUUGGUCAAUCUUCAGAGCUAUUGACUAUGGUCAUUCAAGACUUUAUGCUAAUCAAACCAACCUUCUUUUCGAAUUUGUUGCUAAUCAUAGAUCAUUAGUCCACGAUUCAUUCACUUUAACCAGUAAAUAUAAUUAA